UAUUACAGCAACAGCAUCACCAACAACAGCAACAGCAGCAGCAGCACACACAACAAAUACAACAGUUGCAGGAACGCAACGUCGAUAUGAAUGCGUUAUGUCUGUUUCAGUCCGGUUCGGAAAGUCCAGCAUGUACAUCAUCAGAAAGUAGUUCAACUUCUCAAGGCUACAACAGCCAAUCACCGGAUGAUUUAAACGUCGAUUCGUUGAUUAGUAGCCUUUUACAGGUCGUAAAUGGUGAUAAUUAUAAUGCCAGUCCUAUCUCUAACGACGUUAGUUUUCCUCUAUCAGGGGACCUCACGCAUAGAUGUAGAGACUGCCCAGAUGGGUCCUGCGAAUCAUGCUUAAUAGGGCAUCAAUCGGAUCAUUUGGACUUUAAUCCGAUAUCAGAACGAAACGCAAUGCAAAAUGUACAACAAGAAACUUCGACUUUAGCGCUGAUGUCCAUGCGUCUUCAAAGAAGGCCAGUAGUCUAUUGCGAAAUUCAUGGAGCUCACAAAUUUUACUGCCAGACUUGCAGUAAAUCCUAUUGCGGAGAAUGCGGUGUCUAUCACAAUGGACACGCGACGAUAAAUGUGGCAGAAGCGAUGGAAAGUGCCACAGCGGAAGUUACUCGAGUAAUGAACGAAGCCCGAGGCGGACUUAAUACUAUGAGACAAGAUUUGAACGCGUGUCAAAUGACUGCUGAGUUGCUAGAACGGAAAGCGAGACAAGCAACGGCUGACGUGGUACAAUGCAUAAAAAAAAUAACAAAUGCUUUGGAGACACGUGAAAGAGAGUUGUUACAGAGAAUACAAGAAGCGAAAUUAUUAAAAUUCUCGGCAUUGAAAGCGAGAGAUGAUGGACUCCGAACUGGAAUAGUCCAAAUGACGAAAACCAUGAAGAAACUUGGCUUAGCUGUUGAUAAUUAUAAAAUGGGCAAUAAUCCAAGGGAAUUGAUAAUCAGCAAGGAUAAGGCAGCAUCAGAGAUACAUAGAAUUCGUCAGAUUCGGCACAAUUUGCCGCCGGCACAAGAACCCUGGAUAACGUUUACUGGAUCAUCAUCUAACGCGAUUCAGACUCUUCUAAACUUGGGCUCGAUCGUAGUGAACAAUCCAGGUCACAUAGGUGAUCGGCGAUUUUUGAGAGGCUGUGGAAAUUCACUUCCACAACUAUUACCACCACCAUCACCGUUUCCUCGAUCACCUUCAAACGCUAUAGUUCCUAUAGCACGAGGAAGACCAAUACCGAUGAAUGAUUAUCCUGUGACAGUUUGGUUUGGAUCAAACACUCCUAACCGCCCACCACAGAUAAUUGCAAAUAAUGGCGAUCCUAGAGAUAGUCUCUGCAGGCCUUGGGGUGUUACAUGUGACAAGGAAGGAAACAUAAUCCUAGCCGAUAGAUCGAAUAACCGUAUACAAAUUUAUCGACUGGACGGUACCUUAGUCAGAAGAUUUGGUACAUAUGGUACUGGUCCUGGACAAUUUGAUCGACCUGCUGGUGUAGCAGUCGAUGCACGUCGACGUAUCGUUAUUACUGAUAAAGAUAAUCAUCGUGUCCAGAUCGUAACGAUGGAAGGUCACUAUAUAACGAGAUUUGGCGCGAGAGGAAGUCUAUGCGGUCAAUUUAACUACCCAUGGGGUGUGGCAGUAAAUUCCGAUUGUCUAAUAGUUAUUUCCGAUUCAAGAAACCAUCGUCUGCAAAUGUUCAGUCCAGAAGGUAUUUUUCUUCGUAAAUUUGGACAUGAAACAAAUCCUAGCAUGUGGAAAUAUUUCGACUCGCCUCGUGGAAUUGCUUUCAAUCCGGAAGGCAACGUUGUCUGUACGGAUUUCAACAAUCAUCGAAUUCUUAUCAUCGAUAUUGACUUUAUGAACUCUCGCAUUCUUAAUUGUGAAUAUACUAGAGGUCAAAAACCAUUCCUCAGACCACAAGGCAUGGCUAUUGAUGAUGAUGGUAAUAUUAUUAUUUCUGAUUCAAGAAAUAACAGAAUACAGGUAUUUAAUUCUUCUGGAGCAUAUAAAUUUACGAUCGGCAAGUUCGGUACAGGAUUAGGUGAAGUAGACAGACCAUCUGGUGUUGCGUUGUGCCCAGAUGGUAGGAUCGUAGUUGUGGAUUUCGGUAACAACCGAGCCAUGAUAUAUUGAAACGAAUUUUGAUGAAACACGAGUAUCAAACACGAAGUGUAGAUAUUACGUAUACUCUCUUUCUUUCUCUCUCUCUCUCUCUAUAUAUAAAUAUAUAUACACACACAUAUACAUAUAUUAGAUAUAUAUAUCAUAAAUAUCCAAAAGAGGAUACAAAAGAACCGCGUUUUUGUUCAUUCGCGAGACAUUAGAAGCAAUAUUUUCGUACUAAUUGUAUAUAAUACGAUACGGGAAUACAUGGAUGUUCCUUCCUCACUUUCGGUGCCAAGAUACGAGUACAAAAAAAAAUAGAGAGAAAAGAAAACUAAUCUUUGGUUUCAGAGUGUUCGAAAACUAUGCUAUUAGCCGGUUUAUUAUGCUUCUUAUAUAUAUAUACAUACAUAUACAUAUAUAUGUAUAUAUAUAUAUAUGUUGUUUUAAAACGUGCACAAUCGGGUCUUAGAACUCCGGUCAAAUAUAUUAAAAAGAUAUAAAAAUAUCGCAAAUUAUGUAAAGGGAUGACGAAAUAUUCGAAACAAUAAGUUAUUUUUAAACCUUCUUAUGAUAAUAUACAGAGGAUAACAUAGAAUAAUAAGAAAUAUAUCGUUUAUAUGCCGUUUUCCGGCUAAAAUAUGCCCUUCGUUCGAGAGUUUUCUUUUUGUUCCAUCUUUUUUUCUCUUAUUUUGUUAUAAAGGUAAGUAAUUCGAUUCCAAUCAUUUACGAUUACAUAAAAAUUUAAUUUUUUAAAAAUACGAAGCAUCGAAUCGAAUUUUAUUUGCUUAUUUUCAUAGCAAAAUAAGAAAAAAAAAAGGAUAGAAAAAAAUACCCAGAAAAGCACAUAUUUUAACCAGAACGCGACAUAUAAACGAUAUGUUACUUAUUUUUCUAUGUUACCUUCUUCAUGUUAUCAUAUAAGAAGGUUUAAGAAAAACUUGUUGUUUUGAAUAUUUUGUCAUUCUUUUACAUCGUAUAGGUUAUCAUAAGAGAAGGUUGGAGAAGUUAUCGAUAGAUGUUUAGGUGCAAGAGAAGGAUAAAAAAAAAUUUACAUAAGAUAAUGAUUAUUGUUUGUCUUCAAUGUAGUUGUAUAACGAUGAGACGUCCUUUAUUUAAAGAACAAUUAAGAACAUACAAUGCAUUUGAAAUGAUGUGUUGUGCAAUAUAUGUUUAAUGACGACUGUCAAGGAAAAAUUUUCAUUUAAAUAUUUUUAUACAUUAUUUCACGAUUCAAAUAACAUCUUCCUAUUGAUAUUUUUUAAAUAUUUAGCAUAAGAGUAAUAAAUAGAUAUAUGAUUUC